CCAGCAGCACCCUCUUCUCCUUCGCACUUCCAAAACAUGUCUUCCUCAACUUCUUCCCCUUUUCUCUAUCUUCUCUCUUUUGCUCUCCUUCUCCAUGUCCAAACCAUCCUAGGAGUCGACCCACUGUACCACAUCUGUUCAAGCUCAGGAAAACAAUUCACCCCAAAUUUCGAAAACAACUUGAACAAUGUCAUAAACACUCUCUCCCGUGAUGCCCCACAAACGGGCUUCAGCAGGAGCUCGGCAGGAGCCAAAGACGAUGACAGCGCCUAUGGCCUUGCCCUCUGCCGCGGGGACACCUCCUCUGCCAACUGCAAAAGCUGCAUCACCGAGGCAAGGGAAGAGAUCAAGAACCGCUGCAAGAACAACAAAGGCGCAAUCAUAUGGUACGAUUACUGUCUUCUGAAGUACUCAGAUGAGAACUUCUUUGGGAAGAUCGAUGAGACGAACAAGUUCUACCUGUAUAACGUGUACACCCUCACUAAUUCAACUUUGUUCGUCGCCAAGACUAAUGAGUUUCUAAGUGGUCUUUCCCAGAAGGCUGUUCAAUCCGAAAAACUGUAUUACGCCAACGAAGAAAAGCUGUGUAAUGAAUUUCUGACGCUUUAUGGGUUGGUUCAGUGCACAAGGGACCUUUCCAGUGAGGACUGUCUGAAGUGUUUGGAUGAUGCAAUACGCGAUCUUCCGAUCUAUAGCGCCGGGAAGCAAGGAGGGAGGACUAUUUAUGGGAGCUGCAACGUAAGAUAUGAGAUUUAUCCCUUUGUCAAGGAUUAAGUUAUUUUCCUAAGUAUAGGAAUAUUAUCAUACCUCAAUAGAUGGAUGAAUAAAGGUGUUAGUUUUGGAGGGUUUUGGGUUCUCUGUUGUAUUGAAAGGUACAAGUGUGUUCUCGUUUUAAGGGUUAUGUGAUAAUAAUGCAUAAUUUACCUUUCAAAAAAAUAAUGCUUAAUUUCCAGAUGGUUUUACCAUUUGGGACUUGGGAUUUUUAUUAGACAA